AUGGCCCUUGCAAAUGUGCUCUAUGCUGCCUGCCGUAACGUCGAAACCUACCUGGCUGGAGGUAUUUUCGAAUCCUUUGGCGACACCUGGUGGACUAUCACCGAGCAGAUCUUCAUUGCAGAAGUUACUUCUCUUAUCAAUAGAGGUUUUCUCUUUACAUUGCCUGAGUCGCUAGCUGCUAUUCCCACUUUGUAUGCUGGCACAUAUCUCGGCGAGCAUAUGCUGCUUAAUUCAUCAUGGCGAUGGGGAUUCGGAAUGUGGGCUGCAAUCAUACCCUUCUGCGCACUCCCGACUAUCGCCAUUAUGGUCUUUAUGGAUUUCAGAGCUCGAAAGAAGGGAAUCUACUACCACAGAGUUUCACUGAGAGCCGCUUCUGAGAUACCAGAAGGUGCAUCCUGGGCAACAAAGAUUCGACAAGUCCUUUUUGUCCAGCUAGACAUUGUCGGUGCGUUCCUGUUGCUCGCCGGUCUCUCAAUGACCCUCCUACCAUUGUCCAUCACUGGAAGGAGAAACACUGACCGUUGGACCGAGCCGUCAUCUAUUGUGCUUUUGGUUGUCGGUGUAUUGACUUUUGUUGGAUUUUUGGUCUGGGAUGGGCGCUAUGCGAAGAAGCCCAUCGUUCCAUUCCGUAUGAUCAAAAACCGCAAUGUCAUACUUGCUUGUGCUUCAGUUUGUAUGAUUGCUAUGUCAGAUUCAACGUACAGGACAUUUGCACCGAGUUUCCUGCAGGUGGCUGGAGGUUAUUCGCCUGGACAUGCAGUCCGCAUAGAUAAUGCUCGAAGAGUUGCCCUAAAUCUUGGUGGUCUAGUCAUUGGUGUAGCUAUCAGAUUCGUCAAACACACUAAGCCUUUUAUCAUUAUUGGCUUUUUAAUGGUUGCUUUGGCUAAUGGAUUACCCAUCUAUUUUACCAACAUCGAUGGAUCUCGAGUUGCCAACGAGGCAGCUCUUACAACUGGACAAGUUUUACUUGGCCUAGGUCGAGGUUUUGCGCAGGUGCCGCUUCAGGUCUCGUUACAAGCUGCAGUUCCAGAUCAUGAGAUUGGUAUCGCAACAGCCAUGUUUCUAUCCUCGUCUGGGUUCGGUGCCAAUGUUGGUAAUAGUAUCGGUGGAGCUCUUUGGAACACGUUCCUACCACGACGGCUCUUGAGUAAUCUCCCAGAAAGUGACAAAGCUAAUAGCACCGCUAUUUUCCGUUCUAUUGUAACGGCACAGAGCUACAAGCUUGGCACGCCAACUAGAGAUGCGAUCAAUAUCAGUUACCGCUCUACGCAGCAAACACUAGCCAUUGGAUCCCUCUCACUCUCUAUUCCACUGCUUCUGAUGAUGUUUUUCUUUCGAAACGUCAAGCUUGAAAGAGAAGAUCAGGAACGGAACCAAAUCGCCGAGGAGCAGCUUGCCGCAGCUGGACAAAAGAUUACUCUAGAGGCGGAUACUCCGGAAAAGAAUUAA